AUGACGGCCAUGUGGACGUGUUGCGCAAUCACGCUCUGCUCGAUUGUAUGUCUAGACGCAUUUGCUUGUAAUUUCGGAGAUCCAGAUGGAUUACUUCGCGAUAAUGCUCUCGUCGUGUGCAAAAUGGAUGUUGGCAGCGCUAACCUAGCAACCGCGGCAUGCCCACGUCGAGUCAACAACACCGAAUAUGUCUGGCAUCCCCGACCGACGGCAGAUGUGGAGUUCCAUAUCAACGCAUACCUGAGUCACAAUGGCAAAUUUCAUUCCGCUGCAUUUUCGGACGUAAUACGUAAUGAAUCCGGGCGUGACAUCGUAUGGUUUGAAUCCAGUCGAUCGCGUACGGAGUUGCAUUUCGCGAUGCCAUCAGAUGAAUUGAUUGCGAUGACGAAGCGCCACCUGAUAUUCAUAUGCGGUCCCAGUAAUAUGAUAUUGAGUGAUGCACUGCAGAGUCAGCUGGACCGCCUCCAUAGCUCAGCCGAGAUGCUAUCGCUCCCAUGGACUCCAGCCACGCCAUUGACCGAAGAAAUAGCUAAGCUAGGGAAGGGUAUCGGUGUGUUCCUCCUGUACAGGGGGGACACUCAUCUACCCCUCCAGGGUUGUGGCAGCCGUCCCUCACCGCUAUUCGCUCCGGACAAUGAAGUGACGGUGGAUCCCGUCACUGGAAUCCGUUCAUGUGUAGCGGAUCCCAUGUCCAGAUCACCUAUCGGAUUUGUUUGCGAAGGUAAUGUAGAACCUGAAAAUUGCAUGAUAUCUCUCUCGGGCAAGAAUGGCGAUGUUGUGAAGACACCUCGACCACGUCGUUUUUGGAAAUUCGAAAACCAUGAACCUUGGGUUUUAGUGCGGUAUUUUGAUGACUUAGCACUGCAGCCGUUCACCGGUGAAUGCCGGUGUAUAGAUCCCGAAACAGGUACAAUAAAGGCCAAGAUAGAGAUCCGUUCGAAAACCGAAUACGUUUGUGACAUUGCCAGGAUGAUCGAACGCAACCGUGCAAGUCCGAUCAGCGGCCCUUGGUGUUCGGUUGUACUCCACCCAGGCAGCACCUUGACCAUAAGGUUUCCAACGACGGAUGGCGAUUCGGCGUCUUACGAUCAUUCCUUGCCUGGCCCAUCUUCGCGACAGACGUCUGUCUAUGAGUACGAAACUGAAUUCCUGCCGAGGGAUUUGACCACACUGCGGCAACUUAAAACGGCGUAUGGCUUUGAUGUGUACGAAGAAAUCUCGUACAACGAAGCACUUGCAGGCGAUGCCCUCGAAAUGGAUGUUUCCCAAAUAGCCCAGGGUGAGGUAAAACUGAAGUACCAUGCGGACAAACCUCUCGCGUUAAAGGGGGGUCACAACUCGUUUUUGUAUCACUGGAGACUGAAAUCCACGAAUGAGGAUGUUCCAGAUAAGAUACGCGCCAUCGUCAAACUGUCCUUUGCUUUUACUCAUCAUUACAAGAUCGUCGGCUGCGAUCGGGGGACACCAAGUCUGUUUGACCCGGAGAUGAGCAAGGAAUACUGUUCAACCAAAUGGAUGGGAAACGGGAUUGGCACGACCCACGAAUGUACAUACCCUAGGAAACCGCGCAUCGGGUGGGCAGGUAUUCACUGCAAACCCGACGAGGAGCUGCUGCCGGACAGCUGUGAGUCCACAGGAUACGACCUAUCAUCUAAUAAGGCUGUGCCAUUCCCUGAAUUUGUGCACAAUGUGACGCCUCGCCCCAUCCCAGGAUUUCAGGUGUUCUACACGGACUUCCAAAACAUCCCCCUCAGUCGUGCCUGCAUCUGUGUUGACGAACGUGGCUAUGAACAAUCCAGGCUCAUCAUAGAGUCCAAGAAUCCGAACAAUCGUUCGUACGGGGUGCGUCGCGAAAACGACAGCCUUACGUCACAUCCAUACAUAUGGCUGCCUUGGAGUGAGGCCGGGCUAUUAGGUGAAGGAACCCGGUCAACAAUGUCGCUCGUGCUACACCAUGAACCACAGCAAGCCAUUAAGAUACACGUGGGCACAAAGUUGUCCAUGACAUGCGCUUUUGAUCCCGGCGUUAAGCACAUUGCAAGUAGUGGAGUAUUACGAACGGCGUGGCUUCCAAAGCAAUCCGAAGAAUUUUAUUAUACCUUUAACCUCGCAUAUGGUGGGACAAGACUAUUUAGAAGCAGAUACAGGGAUUCAAUUGCUGCUAGCGCUGAUGGGUUUCGAGUCAUCCACGAAGACGGCCACUCACCAGAGCAGCAACGUUUGAUUAUCGAAUCUCGUCGAAGCGCAGUUCUGAUGUCCAAGAAUCCCCGGCACAAGAAGUAUGUACCGAUGACGUUCGUCUGCGGCAAAGCGCCACAACCAUCGGAUCUGUCCGUCACCGACGGCUCAUACGCAUCGCCGAGCCCGUAUAUCACGGGAUCCUUGGAACAAUACACGUGGCACCUAGUUCAAGUUGCCGUAGAGACCACUGACCCCUACAUGCAAGGCUGCGGCGUUACCUACGAAUCGGACGAGUUUUUCAAACCUGAGACACCCCGACUCUACGACGGUGACGGCAACCUACAGUUCGGUUGCAAGAUAGAUUUUCAGACUGCCAAGGAAGCCGCAUUCUACUGCCCAGCACCGUACCUCCUGGACCCACCCAACUGCUUCAGCCAAGUAUUACUGGACGGCGAAGUCACGAACAUAGGUGAACUUAGUAAGUCAUUGGUAGUAUCUAGCUCCAAUCACUUUGUCGUCCUAAGCUUCGAUAGCUCACUUGCAGGGCAAGGCAGGACGAUUCGCCAGGCGCCGCCAUUGGAGUGUCGUUGCGUCACCGUCAAGGGCGUCGUUCUCUCCACUAUACAAAUAGAGAAUUACUACGCCAAGUGA